AUGAUUCUCUUAAAAUGGGUUUUCAAUACUUUUACUUUGAUACUCUUAAUCUUAACAUUAAUCGAUUUAUCUUGGCAACAACAAGAUGAAUUUCUUGAUUCUACAGCCAAGCAUUUAUUUUGGUUCGUACAGGUAACGGAUCUUCACAUUUCCCAUUAUGGUCAUGAAACACGAUUGAGUGAUUUUAAACAAUUUAUCAAUGAAAUUAUUAUCAAACUAAUUAAGCCAGCGGUUGUCAUUGCUUCAGGUGAUCUUGUUCAUAAUCUUGAUCGCACGUUUGAUUCUCGUCAAUAUGAAUCGGAAUGGAUUCGUUAUCAACAAGUUUUACUAGAAACAAAUGUUACACAGCAUACAAAAUGGUUAGAUAUUAGAGGAAAUCAUGACGUAUUUAUGGAUGCGGAACCAGAAUCGUCAAAAAGUUUUUAUCGACAAUAUUCUCAACAAGGUCGACUCCAUUCUAGUUCCUAUCAAUAUACGUUGAAAACUUCGGACGGUGAUCAAUACUCGUUUGUCGGAAUUGAUAUGUGUCCAAAGCCCGCACCAGGAAUAGCAAUGAAUUUUUUCGGACAUUUAACUAAAUCUGAAAUGCGUCAUCUUGAACAAUUAACCAAGGAAAUUCAUCAUUCAAAUGUCACAAUUUAUUUUGGACAUUAUCCAUUAUCAUUUACAUAUUCAUCGAAGGUACAAGAAAAAAUUAUGAGGAAUGGUCUUGUGUAUUUGAAUGGUCAUCUGCAUGCUGGUAUUCCUCAUUUGUAUGCUCAUCAUUCAUCGGGCUUACUCGAACUAGAAUUAGCUGAUUGGAAACAACAUCGACGAUUUCGUCUUGUUACAAUCGACAGUGGUCUAUUGGCAUUUCGUGAUUUUCAAUUUAAUAAUCAAAAAUUAAUUUAUGCUGUUAUAACACAUCCAAAAGAAUCACGAUUUAGGACAGUGAGAGAACCAUUAGCAAGAUUGAAACAAAGGACACAUAUUCGAAUUCUAAUAUUUUCUCAUCAUCCAAUUUUAACUGUACAUGUAACGAUUGAUUCAGAUUUUAUUGGUAAUGCUGUGCAAUCAGUAGAUAAUCUACAGUUAUUUGUUUUGAAAUGGAAUCCAACUAAAUAUGAUGAUGACAAAGAUCAUAAAAUGAUUGUACAAAUCAAAGACAUUGAAAAUAACGCUGAAGAAUUGAGAGAAGAAUUUAGUUUAUCAACAAAAAUUCGAAAAUCUCAAUGGUGGAAACGAUCACAAUUAGUGUUAAUUGUACAUCAACCAACAUUUGUAAUUCUCUGUUGUUAUUGUUUACAUAAACGAUUAACGGCUUUGUGUUCGAUUGAUUUAACGUUUUAUUCAUUAGUCGGAUUUACACUGUAUUUUUUUGUUGGUCCAUGGUAUAUUGGUUAUUUAACUGAUGGUUAUCUUGGUGCGGUAUUUAUGUGGGGAUUGGUUAUUAAAGGAAUUUAUAUCAAACCAGAUAUGCCAUUUAUUAUAACUAAAUUGUUUCUAUGUUUAUUUCCAUAUACAUUCGCUAUAUCGUCUUGCGUUUACCACCGCUACCAACAACUCCAGUCACAACAGUCAAAGCUUUCAGUUUCUCAAUCAUUCAGAGCAAAAUGUUGUCGAUUUCCAUAUCGUUAUCUAAUCUUUGGGUGGUCUAUAUCUUUUCUUAUUGGUUGGUCUGUGAUGGUUACACGUGCCUAUCGAUUUGGAUGGUUGCUAUCACCAUUUGGACUGAUGUUAGUUAUCGCAGCGGCUUAUCUGUUUUAUAAAGCACAUGUAUUACAAAUGAAAGAUUUUAGAAGAAUAGGAGAAAAAAACCGGUCAUUGCCGGAACAGUUAGCUUUAUCUGCUUAG